CACACCUUUACCUGCACAGACUUGAAAGUCCAGUUCCACCAGGGAGCUAGGGAGAACAUAAAGGGAGAGUUCAUUGGAUCAAACAUGUCACAAGAGACGGACAAUAAAAGGCUUGUGGUCUUGGUUCCCAAUGAAGCAGUUUUUAAUUCUCGGCGGCCAUACACCAGUGAGGAUGAGGCCUGGAAGACUUACCUGGAAAAUCCCCUGACAGCGGCAACAAAGGCGAUGAUGAGUAUAAAUGGAGAUGAGGACAGCGCUGCGGCACUUGGCCUUUUAUAUGACUACUACAAGGUCCCGAGGGAGAAACGGUUAUUGCCUUUAAAUAAAAUGAAUGACGUCCAUGAUGACCAGGACAAAAGGAAUGGUGUUCCAACCAGUGAGUCUCAGAACACCCUGAGCGCUGGAGAAAAUCGGGUGCAAGUUCUGAAAACAAAUCCUGUGAACCUUUCCAUCAACCCAGAACCUGUCGAAUCCUCCAAGAGGGAACAAUAUAACAGCAGCUUAUCUGGAAGCCCAACAUCGGUUCCUACAUCAUCGGUGGCGGUGGUAAAAGCAGAAGAAUUCACCCCAGUGUUCAUGUCCCCUCCAGUGAGUUACAGGACGGACAGCGAGGAACCAAGAGGGGUUAUUUUUGAGCAAACUCACUAUGGCACACACAUCAGCCAACAUACAGACUACCUCAAGGAUGAUCAGCGCAGUACCCCGGACAGCACAUACAGUGAAAGCUUUAAAGAGACAAUAUCUGAUAAAUAUCGGACAUCAUCAGUAGCGGACGACUUCAUGUAUGAUCAAACAGCGAGCACAUUUCAGUAUACUCUAGAAGCCACCAAGUCUCUUCGUCAGAAGCAAGGGGAAGGACCCAUGACCUACCUGAACAAGGGACAGUUUUAUGCCGUCACGCUGAGCGAAACUGGAAGCAACAAGUGUUUUAGGCAUCCUAUCAGCAAAGUCAGGAGUGUGAUCAUGGUUGUGUUUAGUGAGGACAAGAAUCGCGAUGAACAAUUGAAGUACUGGAAAUACUGGCAUUCCCGCCAGCACACGGCCAAACAGCGCGUCCUCGACAUUGCGGAUUACAAGGAAAGUUUUAACACUAUUGGAAAUAUUGAAGAAAUCGCAUACAAUGCAGUGUCUUUUACCUGGGAUGUCAAUGAAGAAGCCAAGAUUUUCAUCACGGUGAAUUGCCUGAGCACUGACUUCUCGUCUCAGAAAGGGGUGAAGGGACUCCCACUCAUGAUUCAGAUUGACACCUAUAGCUAUAACAACCGCAGCAACCGGCCGAUCCACCGGGCCUACUGCCAGAUUAAGGUCUUCUGUGAUAAGGGAGCAGAGAGAAAAAUCCGAGAUGAGGAACGAAAACAAAACCGUAAAAAAGGGAAAAGCCAGCCUGCACAAACUCAGGGCACAAAUAAUUCUUCCGAUUCAAAGUUAUCAGCUGUACCGCUGCAGAAGAAGAGUGACAUUACCUUCUUUAAAACAAUGUCUGACCUGGACUCCCAGCCCGUCCUCUUCAUCCCGGACGUUCACUUUGGAAACUUGCAGAGGACUGGACAGGUUUUCUACAAUACAGAUGAUGACAUAGAAGGAAGCAGUGUCCUGGUAAAGCGAAUGCUCCGUCCUGUGGAUGAAGAAUUCGGGCCUCCCGCUCCAAAGCACAUAAAAGAAGAAAGCAAAAAAGUGCUACUUUAUGUGAGAAAGGAAAGCGAUGAAGUUUUUGACGCCUUGAUGCUGAAGUAUCCUACAGUGAAGGGUUUAUUGGAAGCUAUAUCUGAAAAAUAUGAUAUUCCUGCUGAAAAAAUAGCAAAAAUCUAUAAGAAAAGUAAAAAAGGCAUUUUGGUGAAUAUGGAUGAUAACAUUAUCGAGCACUACUCCAAUGAGGACACCUUCAUACUGAACGUGGAAAGCAUGGCGGAACAAGGCUUCAAGAUCACACUGACGGAAAUAUAACCCACGGCCAACCUGAUGCCUGAUGGGAAGGAAGGUCCCUGAACAGAGAUGAGAUCUGUUCUCCUACAGUCCCUGCCCCAUCAGAGACAUUGACUAGUUCUAUCCAGUGCCUAUGACAAGAGUCAACUCAUGGCCCAUGUAAGAUAAAAAGAGGCAAGAACUGUAUUUAUAUUGAUAUUCUUAUACUCUCCAAGAUGGAUUCUCUUUGGAUGAAACCAUUUUCUGGAUGUACAUCACUAUCACAAAAGAAGAUUUCAAUUCCAAAUGUUGGAAGCGGAUGGGGCUAUAGAGGAUGUACUUUCCAUGACUUCCGAAAUCCUUGUUUCUAUGUCGUAUCUCCAUAGUCUACGGCAAUGCGGGGACAACCUAUGGGCCCAAUGACAUGGUCUUGUGCAUUUUUCUGUUUGGUCCAUCGACUGGUUUUUAAAUCGAAUGUACAAAAAGUAUUUGUAAGUAAUCUAAAAAGUGAUUUUUUUUUUUAAAUGUACAAAUUAUUUUGUAAAGUGCAAUAUUAUAUUUUCAUUUUUUGUUAUUUUUUUUGUUUACUGCCACAAUGGCGAUUUUCUAAGAAUCAAAAAUACCAAGGGUAUAUAAACUUCGCUUCAUCUGGUACUUAAAGGGGAAGUGUAAAACUAUGUUUGUUUUCCAAAGCUGAUGACAUUUCUGUGUAAGUUGAGGUAAAUGAGGCCUUUUGACUUCUCCACUUUCGUACAUGCACUCCAAUAGUGGUCAACUGGACAGGAACAUAAGUGGUUACUGGGUUAAAAAAAAAAAAAACAUUUUCAAAUACUAUAUUAGAAAAUUUGGAGUAACAGAAGGGGGUCUUUCCAAAUAUUCCACUCUGGAGGACCCAACAUAUUCAUGUGUUACAACCUAUUGUUUUCAAUGUGCACUGUGUAAUACUUCAUUUACCAUGUGGUGGCGCUGCAGGGAAUUUGAACACUAGCUACCAAUUCCAAAAUCAUCCCGAAUUCUGGCGAUCUGUGCAGCAAGAGCAGAUGACCCCUUAAAGGGGAACUCCGGUGGGGAAAAAAAAUGUUUUCAAAUCAAAUGGUUAAAUGUAAAGUUAAACAGAUUUGUAAAUUACUUCUAUUAAAAAAUCUAAACCCUUCCAGUACUUCAUGUACUACUUCCUAUACUACAGAUAUACUUCAGAGAAAUUUGUGAAGUUCUUUCCAGUCUGACAACAGUGCUCUCUGCUGACCCCUCUGUCCAUGUCAGGAACUGUCCAGAGCAGGAAAGGUUUUCUAUGGGGCUAUGCUUCUAAUCUGGACAGUUCCUGACACAGACAGAGGUGUCAGCAGAGAGCACUGUGGUCAGACUGUGAAGUACUUCAGAUUUUUUAAUAGAAGUAAUUUCCAAAUCUGUUUAACUUUCUGGCACCAGUUGAUUUAAAAACAUUUGUUUUCCACUUGUUUCCACUGGAGUUCCCCUUUAAAACUCACAACAUUCCAUAAUAUAGGGAAAGGGGGCACAUAUGGCAUUCUAAGUACCGUAUUUUUCGCUCUAUAGGACGCACCGGCGUAUAAGACGCACCCAAUUUAUAGGUGCAAAAUCGAAAAAAAUAAAGAUUUUGAACCCAAUAGUGGUCUUUAAC